AUGAGGGGGCAGCCUGCUGGUGCUAUCCUCCAGCUACUGCGAGACGGUGUGGGAACGGACGGUGUGGGGACGGACGGUGUGGGGACGGACGGUGUGGGGACAGACGGUGUGGGGAGGGACAGUGUGGGGACAGACGGUGUGGGGAGGGACGGUGUGGGGAGGGACGAUGUGGGGACGGGCGUUGUGGGGACAGACGGUGUGGGAAGGGACGGUGUGGGGACAGACGGUGUGGGGACGGACGGUGUGGGGACAGACGGUGUGGGGAGGGACAGUGUGGGGAGGGACGGUGUGGGGAGGGACGAUGUGGGGACGGGCGGUGUGGGGACAGACGGUGUGGGGACGGACGGUGUGGGGUCGGACGAUGUGGGGACGGACGGUGUGGGGACGGGCGGUGACGGUGUGGGGACGGACGGUGUGGGGACGGACGGUGUGGGGACGGGCGGUGUGGGGACGGGCGGUGUGGGGACGGACGGUGUGGGGAGGGACGGUGUGGGAACGGACGGUGUGGGGACGGACGGUGUGGGGACAGACGGUGUGGGAAGGGACGGUGUGGGAAGGGACGGUGUGGGGACGGACGGUGUGGGGACAGACGGUGUGGGAAGGGACGGUGUGGGAAGGGACGGUGUGGGGAGGGACGGUGUGGGGUCGGACGGUGUGGGGAGGGACGGUGUGGGAAGAGACGGUGUAGGGACAGACGGUGUGGGGAGGGACGGUGUAGGGACAGACGGUGUGGGGAGGGAUGGUGUAGGGACAGACGGUGUGGGGAGGGACGGUGUGGGGACAGACGGUGUGGGGAGGGACAGUGUGGAGAGGGACGGUGUAGGGACAGACGGUGUGGGGAGGGACAGUGUGGAGAGGGACGGUGUGGGGACAGACGGUGUGGGGACAGACGGUGUGGGGAGGGACGGUGUGGGGACAGACGGUGUGGGGACAGACGGUGUGGGGAGGGACGGUGUGGGGACAGACGGUGUGGGGAGGGACAGUGUGGAGAGGGACGGUGUGGGGACAGACGGUGUGGGGACAGACGGUGUGGGGAGGGACGGUGUGGGGACAGACGGUGUGGGGACAGACGGUGUGGGGAGGGACGGUGUAGGGACAGACGGUGUGGGGAGGGACAGUGUGGAGAGGGACGGUGUGGGGACAGACGGUGUGGGGACAGACGGUGUGGGGAGGGACAGUGUGGAGAGGGACAGUGUGGAGAGGGACGGUGUGGGGACGGACGGUGUGGGGAAGGACGGUGUGGGGACGGACGGUGUGGGGACGGACGGUGUGGGGACGGGCGGUGUGGGGACGGACGGUGUGGGGAGGGACGGUGUGGGAACGGACGGUGUGGGGACGGACGGUGUGGGGACAGACGGUGUGGGAAGGGACGGUGUGGGAAGGGACGGUGUGGGGACGGACGGUGUGGGGACAGACGGUGUGGGAAGGGACGGUGUGGGAAGGGACGGUGUGGGGACGGACGGUGUGGGGUUGGACGGUGUGGGGAGGGACGGUGUGGGGAGAGACGGUGUAGGGACAGACGGUGUGGGGAGGGACGGUGUAGGGACAGACGGUGUGGGGAGGGAUGGUGUAGGGACAGACGGUGUGGGGAGGGACGGUGUGGGGACAGACGGUGUGGGGAGGGACAGUGUGGAGAGGGACGGUGUAGGGACAGACGGUGUGGGGAGGGACAGUGUGGAGAGGGACGGUGUGGGGACAGACGGUGUGGGGACAGACGGUGUGGGGAGGGACGGUGUGGGGACAGACGGUGUGGGGACAGACGGUGUGGGGAGGGACGGUGUGGGGACAGACGGUGUGGGGAGGGACAGUGUGGAGAGGGACGGUGUGGGGACAGACGCUGUGGGGACAGACGGUGUGGGGAGGGACGGUGUGGGGACAGACGGUGUGGGGACAGACGGUGUGGGGAGGGACGGUGUAGGGACAGACGGUGUGGGGAGGGACAGUGUGGAGAGGGACGGUGUGGGGACAGAUGGUGUGGGGACAGACGGUGUGGGGAGGGACGGUGUGGGGACAGACGGUGUGGGGACAGACGGUGUGGGGAGGGACGGUGUGGGGACAGACGGUGUGGGGAGGGACGUGGCUGUUUUCUGA